AUGAAAUGGUCCCUUUUGUUCCCCGCCAUGAGAGCCCUCUCCAUAUCCUCGGCAGAUGCUUUCAUUCUGGUCUAUGAUGUUACAGAUGCAACAACGUUCGAAGAAGUACGCAUGAUCCGUGAUCAAAUUCAUGAGACUAAGGGCACCUCAGCUGUCCCAAUUGUGGUUGUGGGUAAUAAAAUAGAUUUACUAACGGAAAACAGUGAUCUCAGAGAGGUUGAAUAUGCCACCACAGAAUCGGUUGUAACAGUAGACUGGGAAAAUGGUUUCGCUGAAGUGUCGGCGGCAAGAAAUGAAAAUAUCACUCAAGUCUUCAAAGAGCUAUUAUCACAGGCGAAAAUCACGUACAAUUUGAGUCCAGCAUUACGUCGACGCCGCCAAUCGCUACCACAACAAGUGGGCAAUAAUGGCCCCGGCACACCGACACACCACAACCAUCCAUCGUCACAUCAUCACCAGCAUCAUCAGUCAGCGCACUCAUCUGCCUCGUCGUCAUCCGCCUAUGGUGGUGCAGCCGCAGCCCAUGCCCCAACAGCGGCCCAGUUGCAGCAUUUGCAGCGAAUACAGGAACGCAGUUUGGGUAGCAAACGUAAUUCCUGUGCAAUUUCCUAAAAAUGUCAACAGCAGCAACAACAACAACAGUAAUAAUAAUAGUAACAGUAGCAACAACAACUGCUGCUGCUGCAGCUGUCAACCAG